AUGGAUGAAGAAGACUGUGAUGAUAGCAAGGAAUCUCAAAAUAUAGUACAGGUGGUCAAUAACCAACAAAGAGACCAUGUCCACCAUGAAGCUAUCAGUGUUCCAUCGCAAAGGAAUCCUUUCAUCAAUGAAGGAACAUACCAGCAAUUUUCUGCCACUCUCACUGAAGUUAUAGCCGAAGACAUAACACCAUGCCAUUGCAGGCUGGCCACAGAUGAGUGGGAAGGUAAUGAAUACCCGGUUUUUGAAACUAUUUCUGUUGGUCGGCGGGGAUCCAAAGGGCUUCAUGUGUCACUUGGUGAAUUGAUAUGGUUUAAGCGAGCAAAGCUACGGUGUCAAGCAUUAGUAGUGUUGUCAUAUUUUUUAGCUGCCGGUAGAGAGUGA